GUUUUGUGCGGUCUUCUGAAGGAAUCAGUCGUUUCAAACGUUUCCAAGUUUAAAGCUUUAAAAUACAACCAAGUCUAGCUAAGCAGCCAAGAAGAAAUCAAAGAAAUCCUCAACAGCAAAGUGUUUGGUGUUAAGCAAUCCGAGAAAAAAGAGUCAAGAAAUCUUCUGUUUUCUAAAAAAAAGAAGUAAAAAUUUAGUUGGAAAUCUAAUUGUUGAAAUUGUUUUUGUUAAAAGAAAAAAUCGCAGACGGCCAUUGCACAAAACUUUUGCAAAAAAAUCUUCAAGAUUUUUGUGUAAAAAAACUGCUUUGGUUUGAAAGUGAAAAAAUAGAAGCCAGUUGAAAAACAAAAAAGGAAAACUAAUUGAAAAAGAAAAACACAAGUGACAAAUAAAAAUACAUUUAAAAUACAUUUCAAACACCAAGAGAAAGUGAAGAAAAAGUUGAAAACUUUUUUGUAGUGCAGAAGAAAAAAAAAACGAAAGAAGGAAAAACAGCGGUGAAAAAUAAACAAACGAAAAAGAGUAAAACAAAAUAAACAAUACUGACCCACAAACAACAAAAAUAAAAACAAAAGUUUCUAAAGUUUGAUUGCACUAAAGCAUAUAAUGGCCCCAAUAAUUGCUGACAAUUCAAUUGAAUCAGGAUGUGAAUUUGUUGAUAAUUCCAACACCGUCACCAUCGACUCCAACUCAGCCAUCACCACCACCAACGAUAGUUAUUUUAGUGAAACUAACGUAGAAUCGUCAUCAUCAUCGCUUGAAAACUUUAAAGACGAAGAAGUUGUGAAUGUGUCCCGUGAUUGUGAAGUAAAGGAAGAGAUUUCUAAUAAUGAUGAAAAUGUGCGCAACAAUCAACAGCAACAAAAAGAACGCAUGCCAUGGGAAGCACCCGGCAAGCAGGGAUUGUACGAUCCACAGAAUGAACAUGAAGCCUGCGGUGUUGGCUUCAUUGUGGCCAUCGAUGGCAAACGGUCUCACAAGAUUCUUCGUGAUGCCCAGACCCUGUCAGAACGGAUGAAUCAUCGUGGUGCUUGCGCCUGUGACAAUGACACUGGCGAUGGUGCUGGUGUUAUGGCUUCUAUUCCCCAUGAUUUGUAUGCCAAAGCAUUGUCUUCGGAGGGUAUUCAAUUACCCGAGCUGGGAAAUUAUGCCACCGGCAUUUUCUAUUUGGAUGAGAAAACUCAUCAAGCAGCUGAACAAGAAUUCAAUGAUUUAGCCAAAAGCUUGGGUCUAGAUGUGUUGGCAUGGCGCAGCGUUCCAACCAAUCCGAAUGCCAUUGGCACUGUGGCCCGCAGUUCGGAGCCAUUGUCACGUCAAGUGUUUGUUGUACGUCCGGCCGGCAUGGAUGACGAGACAUUCAAGCGUCAAGUCUUUGUGGUGCGCAAACGGGCCAGUCAUGAACUGGCCAAGGAGGGCCGUCGUUUCUACAUUUGUUCUUUGUCCUCGAAGACCAUUGUCUACAAGGGUCUCUUCACGUCCGAUCAGCUCUGGAACUACUAUACCGAUUUGAAAGAUCCGCAAUUUGAAACCUAUCUGGCAUUGGUACAUACACGUUUCUCCACCAACACGUUCCCCUCGUGGGAGCGGGCCCAUCCGUUGCGUGUCCUGGCUCACAAUGGUGAGAUUAACACAUUGCGUGGCAAUGUCAAUUUGAUGAAGGCCCGCGAGGGCGUCAUGCAGAGUGAGGUGUUUGGCGAGGAUUUGAAAAAAUUGUAUCCCGUCGUUGAACCCAAUCUCUCGGAUUCCGGUUCAUUUGAUUGUGUACUGGAAUUUUUGACGGCGGCCAGUGAUCGUACGUUGCCCGAGUCGGUGAUGACCAUGGUACCCGAGGCGUGGCAAAACGACAAGACAAUGCCGCAGGAGAAACGUGAUUUCUACCAGUGGGCUUCAUGCGUCAUGGAACCCUGGGAUGGUCCAGCCCUGAUUUCCUUCACCGAUGGUCGAUAUAUUGGUGCAGUGCUCGAUCGUAAUGGUCUGCGGCCAUCGCGUUUCUACAUAACCAAAGAGAAUAUUUUGGUAAUGGCUUCAGAGGUGGGUGUCUAUGAUGUGGAUCCAUCACAAGUUACAUUGAAGUCACGUUUGAAGCCUGGCCGUAUGUUGUUGGUCGACACCCAGGAGAAGAAAUUCAUUCAAGACAUUGAAUUGAAAACUUCCAUUGCAAAGUCUCGUCCCCAUUCGGAGUGGUUGCAGCAAAAGAUUACCUUGGAUGAAAUUCGCAAUGCCAAUGUUUUCAAUACGGACAAUUCGAAUGGAGCUCUUCAAGCUGUUGUUGAUCCCUCACAGCAGGGUAUGUUGGAUCCCAGACUCUCCCUGUAUGGUUAUACAAAUGAAACGGUCAACAUGCUUUUAGUGCCAAUGUUUAAAAACAGGAAAGAAGCUUUAGGCUCCAUGGGCAAUGAUGCCCCUUUGGCUUGCCUCUCAACAUUCCAACCCCUACCGUAUGAGUAUUUUAAGCAGUUAUUCGCCCAAGUUACCAAUCCUCCCAUCGAUCCAUUCCGUGAGAAAGUCGUUAUGUCUAUGCAAUGUCCCAUUGGACCCGAGGCCAAUAUCUUGAAACCAUCGGCCGAACAAGUCCAUCGCAUUUGGUUGAAUAACCCCAUACUAAGCAUUCCAGACACCAAUCUCUUGAAGCGCAACACUCAUCGCGGCUGGAAGACCAAAGUUUUGGACAUGACAUUCCCCUAUCAAGAUGGUGUCCAGGGCUACAUUGAUUGCAUCGAUCGCAUUUGUCGUGAAGGUGCUAAUGCCGCCUCGUCCGGCUAUCAAUUGUUGUUGUUAUCCGAUCGUAAUGCUGGCCAAGAGGGAAAAGCUCCCAUCUCCGCUCUAUUGGCCUUGGGUGCCCUUCAUCAUCACUUGAUCGAAACUUACCUGCGCAUGAAGGUGGGUAUUAUUGUUGAAACCGCUGAAGCUCGUGAAGUCCAUCACAUUUGUGUACUUUUGGGUUAUGGUGCUGAUGCCAUUUGCCCCUAUUUAGCCUUCGAAUUGGCUCAAGCUUUACGCGAUGAUGGUGUGAUUAGUCCCGAUGUUAGUGACAAGCAAAUCUACUCAGCCUAUGCCCAGGCCAUAGAUACCGGCAUUGCCAAGGUUAUGGCCAAAAUGGGCAUCAGUACUCUGCAAUCGUACAAGAGUGCCCAGAUAUUCGAAGCCGUGGGCAUGGGCCCUGAUCUCAUCAAUAAAUGUUUCCGUGGUACUCCCUCGCGUAUUGGUGGUGUCUCUCUGGAAAUGUUGGCCCGUGAAGGUUUGGAACGUUUCCAAAUGACCUAUUGUAAGGUGUCAAUGGAUACGCGAAUUCUACGUAAUCCUGGUCAAUACCAUUGGCGCCAUGGCGGUGAGGCUCACAUUAAUGAACCGGCAUCGAUCGCUAGCCUCCAAGAGGCGGCCAUUUCGAAGAAUACCAACGCAUUUGAAGCUUUUAAGGCCACCACCAUGGAGAGUGUGAGACGUUGUACAUUGCGAGGACAGUUGGAGUUUGCUAAUGAUCGUCAAAAGAUUGACAUUUCCGAGGUAGAGCCGGCCAGUGAAAUUGUCAAGAGAUUUGCAACUGGCGCCAUGAGUUUUGGUAGUAUUUCGCUGGAGGCCCAUCAAACCUUGGCCAUUACCAUGAAUCGUAUUGGUGGCAAGAGUAAUACUGGUGAAGGUGGUGAAGACGCCGAUCGUUAUUUGAAUCAAGAUCCUCAAAAUAGCCGUCGAUCCGCCAUCAAACAAGUGGCAUCGGGUCGUUUUGGUGUUACCGCCUCGUAUUUGGCCAAUGCUGAUGACUUGCAAAUUAAAAUGGCCCAGGGCGCUAAGCCUGGCGAGGGUGGUGAAUUGCCAGGCUAUAAGGUUACCAAAGACAUUGCUAAAACUCGACACUCUGUACCCGGUGUUGGUCUUAUCUCACCACCACCACAUCACGAUAUUUAUUCCAUUGAAGAUUUGGCUGAACUUAUCUACGAUUUGAAAUGUUCCAAUCCCAAUGCUCGUAUAUCGGUUAAACUUGUAUCCGAAGUGGGUGUUGGUGUGGUGGCAUCCGGUGUGGCAAAGGGCAAAGCUGAGCACAUUGUUAUUUCGGGCCAUGAUGGCGGUACUGGCGCCAGUUCCUGGACUGGAAUUAAAAAUGCCGGCUUACCCUGGGAAUUGGGUAUUGCAGAGACUCACCAAGUUUUGGUUUUAAAUAAUCUACGUUCAAGAGUUGUUGUCCAGGCUGAUGGUCAAUUGCGUACCGGUUUUGAUGUUGUUGUUGCUGCCUGUUUGGGUGCCGAUGAGUUUGGUUUCAGUACAGCCCCCCUGAUUGUUAUGGGUUGUACCAUGAUGCGUAAAUGUCACUUGAAUACAUGUCCAGUGGGUAUUGCCACCCAGGAUCCGGUUCUGCGUAAAAAAUUCACCGGUAAACCAGAGCAUGUUAUCAAUUUCUUCUUUAUGUUGGCUGAAGAUAUCCGUAAAAUCAUGGCCAAUUUGGGUAUACGCAAAUUCCAAGACCUAAUUGGUCGUACCGAUCUACUGCGUGUGGCAGAUAAGCUGUCCACCAAGGCCAAUACUCUAAAUCUGAAUAUGCUUUUGACUGAUGCUUUGACUCUACGUCCCGGCACAAAUAUUGUCGGUGGUUCUGUGAAACAAGAUUUCCAAUUGGAAAAACGUUUGGACAAUGAAUUGAUUGCAAAAAUACAACCCAUAUUCAAUGGCACGGAAGAUAAUGUCACCGUCAAGAUGCGCAUUCACAAUGAGGAGCGGGCAUUUGCCUCGACUCUCAGUUACCAUAUUGCUUGCAAAUAUGGCGAAGCUGGUCUUCCCGUGGGUAAAACUAUGGAUAUUUUCCUAGAAGGUUCUGCUGGCCAGAGUUUCUGUGCCUUCUUGCCACAUGGCGUUAAUGUCACCUUGAAGGGUGAUGCUAAUGACUAUGUCGGCAAGGGUUUGUGUGGCGGCAACAUUGUUAUCACACCACCCGAUACGGUACCCUUUGAAUCUCAUUUGAAUGUAAUUGUUGGCAAUGUAUGUUUGUAUGGUGCCACUGAGGGUCGUGCCUAUUUCCGUGGCAUUGCUGCUGAGCGUUUCUGUGUACGUAAUUCCGGAGUAACCGCUGUUGUUGAGGGCGUUGGCGAUCAUGGCUGCGAAUAUAUGACGGGUGGUUUGGUUGUUAUUUUAGGUUUGACUGGCCGCAAUUUUGCUGCUGGUAUGUCCGGUGGCAUUGCCUACGUUUAUGACAUUGAUGGUUCAUUCAAACCCAAAGUAAAUCCUGAACUAGUAGAACUAUUACCUUUGGAGCUGGCUGGCGAUGUUGCUCAAGUCAAGGAACUCCUGGAAGAUUUCAUUGAGAAAACUGGUUCCAAAAUUGCCAAGGAUAUUUUGGAUAACUGGGAUCAGGAACAGGCUAAAUUUGUUAAAGUAUUUCCCUUGGACUAUCAGAGAGCUCUCAAGGAACUGGAAGCUGAAAAGGAAGAGCAGCAAAAUAAGACCGAUGAUGUUAAGGCCAUUGAGAAUGGCAAAGCCAGCCAUGAACCCAGUGUCAAGGAUAUUGAGGAGACUAUACAAGAUGUUGCCAUGGAACAGAAGAGAGCUGAUCGUGUCUUGGACAAGACCAGAGGUUUUGUUAAGUACAAGCGUGAAUCUGCUCCAUAUCGUGAUGCUGGUGAACGCCAAAAGGACUGGGAGGAGGUCUACAAUUUCCCUCACGUUCGCAAGAAUUUGAAGAUGCAAGCAGCCCGUUGCAUGGAAUGCGGUGUCCCAUUCUGUCAAUCGAAUGCACAUGGUUGUCCUUUGGGUAACAUCAUACCCAAAUGGAAUGACUUGGUAUUCCAUGGUGAUUGGAAGGAGGCUCUGCGCCAAUUGUUGCAGACCAACAACUUCCCCGAGUUCACUGGUCGUGUCUGUCCUGCACCCUGUGAAGGUUCCUGUGUUCUGGGAAUUUCCGAACCGGCGGUGACCAUUAAAAAUAUUGAAUGUGCAAUCAUUGAUCAUGCCUUCGAACAAGGUUGGAUUAAACCAGAAAUCCCUGAAACCAGAACAGGCAAACGUGUUGCAAUUGUGGGUUCGGGUCCAUCUGGUUUGGCUGCAGCCCAGCAACUCAAUCGUGCCGGUCACUUUGUUACAGUCUUUGAGCGUAAUGAUCGUGUAGGUGGUUUACUGCAAUACGGUAUACCAACCAUGAAGCUAUCCAAGAAUGUUGUUAAACGCCGUGUUGAUUUAAUGGCCGAUGAAGGCAUUGAAUUCCGCACCAAUGUUCAUGUUGGCAAGGACAUUAAGGCUGAAGUUUUAAUGAAAGAAUAUGACGCCGUGCUCUUGACAACUGGUUCCACAUGGCCCCGUGAUUUACCCUUGGCCAAUCGUGAUCUUAAGGGUAUACACUUUGCCAUGGAAUUCUUGGAGGCCCAACAAAAGAAACAAUUGGGUGGUAAGAAUGAAAUUAUUUCCGCCGAAGGCAAAGAUGUUAUUAUUAUUGGUGGUGGUGAUACUGGCUGUGAUUGUAUUGCCACCUCACUGCGUCAGGGAGCCAAGAGUAUUACAACAUUUGAGAUUUUGCCCGAACCACCAAAAGGCAGAGCUGCCGAUAACCCAUGGCCUCAGUGGCCCAAGGUAUUCCGUGUCGAUUAUGGCCAUGAAGAGGUCCGCCUAAAAUGGGGCAAAGAUCCCCGCCAGUAUUGCACGACAACCAAAGAGUUCAUUGGUGAAAAUGGCCAUAUUAAAGCUGUCAAAACCGUUGAGGUUGAAUGGACUAAGACACCCACCGGUGCCUGGAGCAUGAAAGAGGUGGCUGGUACUGAGAAACACUUUAAUGCUGAUUUAAUUUUAUUGGCCAUGGGCUUUUUGGGUCCCGAGAAAACUGUACCCAAUGAACUUGGUUUGGAAUUGGAUAAUCGUGGUAAUGUCAAGGCAUGCAAUGGUCCAUAUGGUACCUCGAAUUCGAAAGUAUUUGCAGCAGGAGAUUGUCGCCGUGGCCAAUCCUUGGUGGUAUGGGCAAUUACUGAAGGUCGUCAAGCUGCUCGCCAGAUCGAUAGCUAUCUAACAGGCCGUCCUAGUGGUCUUCCGGGUCCUGGUGGUGUUGUGGAUCCUACUAAAAAAGCUUAAAUAUAUACACAUAUAAAUUGAUGAUAUUAAUUUAGUUUUUAUAAUUAUUAAUAAUUAUUUUAUAACACCUGUCUUUGUACUUUGUUUUUUUUUUCUCACAUUUGUUUUUGUUAAGUCUCUCACACACGCCCAAUACCAAUGUUUUCACAUAUUUUCUUUAACUGUUACAUUUAAAUAUUUUAUAUUUUAAGCUUUUUUACAGAAAUAAGAAUUCGAGUCUCGCUAAAUAGAAAUAUUAUUUUGUUUCCAUUUUUCCUCAAUUUAAUGAUUUGGUUACAAGGGUUUGUUAAUUACAAAUUGGGUCAUAAUCAAAACCACAACUGUUGCAAUUGAUUGAAAAAAUAAAUUAACUAAUUAACUAACUAAUAUUUGUUAGAAAACUGCUUUAAAUUGUUAAAAAUGCGUUUAAAUACCAAAAAAUUCAAAACACUUACACAGUUUAUGGUCAAUUAGCUGCACGUUUUUGAAAUAUUUACAUAGAAAAAAAUAGUUGUAAACAAUAUAUUGAAAAAAAAACCGUCACUACAGGAUCUCAAAAAAUCAUCCUAAUCUACGAAAAACAUUUUCGGUAUGAACAUGAAGUUUUGCAUCAAAAGAAUGAAAAAAAAAAAUUGAUGAGGCAGUCUAAAACCUCAUAAGACAAUAACUAGAAAUUUAAACAAACAAAAAUCUAUACCUAUUAAAUGACUAUUAUUUAUACAAACAAAAAAUUAUUUAUUAUAUUUAACAAACCAAGACAAAAAUUAAAAUAAACUGAAAACUGUUA